AGUUGCGCCGCCGCAUUCAACACCACUUAUCCCCCAUUUUCUAUUGCAGCAAUUGCCCACCAUGGGAUCCCUCUCUCUUUUCUCGGUCAAUGCCGUUCUUUUGAUGUCGGCUGAUGACGGCUCUCGUAUCUUUGCGAAGUACUACUCCCCUCCUCACCCCCCAGCCGGCACUGCUCCCAACUCCACCGAUUACCCCGGAGCCAACCCCUAUCCCACACUGAAAGCGCAGAAGGCCUUUGAAAAGGGUCUUCUGGACAAGACCAACAAGCAAACUAGUGAUGUGAUUCUAUACGACAACCGGGUCGUUGUAUUCAAACUGGAGAGCGAUGUGAUGGUGUAUGUGGUUGGCGGCUCAGACGAGAACGAAGUACUACUGUAUAACGUCGUUUUGUCGUUGCGGGAUGCUUUGGGGAUACUGUUCAAGGGUGCCACGGACAAGCGCACAAUUGUCGAAAACUACGACCUGGUCGCCCUUGCCAUCGAUGAGAUUAUCGACGAUGGUAUCAUCCUGGAGACUGACCCCGUCCUAAUUGCCUCCCGUGUUAGCCGUGCCCCUCAGCCGGAUGCACCGAAUCUGAAGAGCAUUGACCUCUCGGAACAAGGUCUGCUCAAUGCCUGGGAGCUUGGAAAGAGACGUCUGGCGGAGGGGCUGCGACAAAUGUAGAUGCGAGAGAAGUGGAAAAAUUAUUUUGAAGGCUCUUGUGUACUCGCAUGAUUUUUUUUUUUUGCAUCUCAAUGUGUUCGUUCUCUUUUUUUUUUUUUUUAUGAUCUGGUUGGGUUUCGGCGCGGUAAUGUGCGUGUUGUUGCUCAUUGAUUGAUGAUAUUCCUCUUACUCCAUUAUUUUCUCCCUGUUGUCUUUAUUGAUAGGGCUUGAGAGUGUUCUAUAGAGAUACUCCUUUUCUGUUUCCUUAUAUAAUAUUUGGCUGAAGCAGAUAGGCCAGAGCCAAUAGCUCACGGCCACUACAUGCAUGGUGGUAUAUCCAAAGUGUGAAGCCAUAUCAACACACCACGAAUCCACAACAUAUACCCUAGAACAAUAAGAAAAGGACAACCAGUUCCAG